CUGCGAUCAAGACACCAAUUAAGCCAGAGCAGUCUACAAUGGCUCACAGUCACAGAAGCAGUAUGAGCUUCUGCUUGGUGUGCAUCGUCGUCAUGGCGGCGGCGGCGGCGUUGUUGCAACCCGCAUCUUCUCAGCAGGCGGUGCCGGACAUCCCGAACCUGAAGGUGGGCUCCAACGAUCGCAGCACGACUCUCAAGUGCACCAACAUCAAGAGCAACAAGACCACCUGCAGCGCCACCUGCAACGCACGCUGCCCUCACAAGUGCCUCAUCCAGUGCCCAAGCUGCAAGACAUUCUGCUUGUGCGACUUCUAUCCCGGCGUGUCCUGCGGCGACCCACGCUUCACGGGCGCCGACGGCAACAACUUCUACUUCCACGGCAAGAAGGACCGGGACUUCUGCAUCGUCUCCGACGCCGCCCUCCACAUCAACGCGCACUUCAUCGGCAAGCGCAACCCGGCCAUGAGCCGCGACUUCACCUGGAUCCAGGCGCUGGGCAUCCGCUUCGCGCACCACCACCUCUACGUCGCCGCCCAGAGGACGCCCAGGUGGGACGCCGCCGCCGACCACCUGGCGCUGGCCCUCGACGACGAGGACGUCGACGUCGCGUCCCUGCUGCCGCGCUUCGUCGGCGCGCGCUGGUCCCCGCCCACGGCGCCGGCGCUGUCCGUCACCCGCACCGCGCGCGUCAACACCGUCGUCGUCGAGCUCAGGGGCGCCUUCCGCAUCGUCGCCAGCGUAGUGCCCAUCACCGCCGAGGACUCGCGGAUCCACAACUACGGCGUCAGGGAGGACGACGGCGACACCCUCGCGCACCUCGACCUCGGCUUCAAGUUCUACGACCUCACCGACGACGUGCACGGCGUGCUGGGCCAGACCUACCGCCCGGACUACGUCAACAGCCUCAACGUCACAUCCAACAUGCCCGUCAUGGGAGGCGCGCCGGACUACCUCUCCUCCGACCUCUUCUCCACCGACUGCGCCGUCGCACGCUUUGGCGGACGCCGACACCAGCAAGGCACCGCCGCUAAUAUUGCCAUGCUCACCGACGACGACGACAUGGAAUGAAUAACAAAGGACACGUCGUACGCGCGAUCGACGACUUCACCGUACCAUUCCAUUACCAUCUCGGAGGAUAUCGAUCCAUCCAUCGUUGUGUGUCUUCUACACUAGCUAGUGAAUGAAGAAGCAGCAAUAAACCCAUUGAAAUUAUAUA